AUGAAGAGGGACGGCGGGAGGAUCGGCCGGGGUGAAAUAAAGUGGCGUCCACAGAUGCUACACGUUUUCAGGGAAGUAGGAGCCAUGGCCCAGCUGGUCCUGCCGCCGCCCCCUUGGCUGGGGAUCGCCCUAGGCCCACAAGAGGAAGAAGAGGAAGAGGAGCGCGGGGCUCCGGCCGCUUUGGGGGCCCUGGAAGGCCUGGUCGAGGCUCGCCACAGUCUUGAAGAGCAAGAGGAGGAGGAAGACCAGGGGCCGAGGCCCAAAAGGAGGGGGCCAAAGAAGAAGCGGAUGACCAAGGCGCGGCUGGAACGCUUCCGAGCGCGAAGGGUCAAGGCGAACGCCCGGGAGCGGACCCGCAUGCACGGACUGAACGACGCGCUGGACAGCUUGCGCAGGGUUAUGCCCUGCUACUCCAAAACGCAGAAGCUCUCCAAGAUCGAGACGCUUAGGUUGGCCAGAAAUUACAUCUGGGCCUUGUCCGAGGUGCUGGAGACAGGCCAGAUCCCGGAGGGCAAGGGCUUCGCCGAAAUGCUCUGCAGAGGACUUUCCCAACCCACCAGCAACCUCGUGGCUGGCUGCCUCCAGCUGGGCCCGCAGCCCAGUGGCCGAGACCCGCGCGAUGAGAAGACGCCGCGGGGCGUCUCCGCCCACCCCGCGCCCAGCUUCGGCUACCAGUCGCCCGGGAUCCCCAGCCCGCCCUACGGGCUUCUCGAGGCGCCCCUCCUACACCCCAAGCCCCCCGCUUUCAAGGGUCAGGGGGAGGCCUGCUUCGGGGUCCCUCCGUCCUGCACCCCGCCACCCUUCGAAGGCCCCCUCCCACCGCCUCUCAGCGUCAGCGGGAACUUUUCCCUGAAGCAGGGCCAAGCCCCCAGUCUAGACAAGGCUUUCGCCUUCCUGGGCCCCUACCCCGCCGGGAGUCUGGACCGGGAGCACGGACCCACGGUUCACUUCCCGGAGGCCGCUCCGCGCUAUGAGAUCCCCGUCCAGGCAGCGCCCUACGACCGCUACUAGCACCCCGGAGCAGGGGCGCAGCUCAGCGCCAUCUUCAGCGACUAG